GUUCAGGAGGAAAGAAAAGAAUGUCUUCUUGCCUGGAUUCUGGAAACAAAAAUGAAGAAACGAGGGAGGAGGAAGAGUGGGAAGCAAGCUGAUCUUGUGGGCCCCUCUUACAAAUGCACAAAAGUUCUGAUCCUCUCCUCUACGAGCUUUGCUAGCGUAACCCACAGGUGAGUCUUGAGGUACCCAAUUUGCCACCAAUAUUAUACACAUCAGGGUACACGUGUCAGCUGCAUUCCCAUCCCAUCUAUGCCUUCCCUUGUGACGCUAUCUCCAUGCUCUCUGCUACCUGGCCUACUGGCACUAUGGUGAGCUAUUUGUACAUAGCUCAGCACCUUUUCCGUUCCAACGGACUUCAAAUGUCCAAAUUCGAAGCUUAUUAGAAACUAACCAAUUCUCUGGUGCCAGAAUUCUCUCCUCCUUCAUCCGCCGCCGUCUGUAAGCUAGCUCCGCCACAGCAAAGGAAACGGAAGGAAGAUGUUCUACUCUCACCAGCUUCUAGCUCGGAAAGCUCCCCUCGGCCAGAUUUGGAUGGCGGCGACUCUGCACGCCAAGAUGAAUCGGAAGAAGCUCAACAUGAUCAACAUCAUCAGCAUCUGUGAGGAGAUUCUGAAUCCUGCAGCUCCAAUGGCGCUUCGGCUCUCCGGGAUUCUAAUGGGUGGAGUGGUGAUUGUUUAUGAGCGGAAAGUGAAGCUGCUAUACGAGGACGUCACCCGUUUGCUGGUUGAAAUCAACGAGGCAUGGAAAGUGAAACCAGCGACGGACCGUACCCUUCUUCCGAAACGGAAGUUACAGGCCAAGAAAGAAGCUGUAACUCUGCCGGAGGUUCAGGACGAGGAACUCCCUGAUAUCGAGCAGUCUAUGAACUUCUCGAGCUCAAACGCCACAACGCUUCCUUUCCAGCAGACGUCUUACUUCGCAGUGCAACUAGACACCUUGGAUGAGACUUACAUUAACAAUGACACCGUGGAAGACGAUGUAACUGGCAAUAAGCAUCAAGCUGAUCCGGACAACAUAAAAUUAUUCGAACGCUUUGAUUCGUGUCAAGUAAACACAGAUAUGUAUGAUCGGUUUGAAAGAUUUGAUAUUGACGGAGAAGGGGACACGCAGAUGAUCGUGACUUCAGGAGAUCUUCCAACAGAUAUCCAUACAACUGUUAUACCCUCACCACCUCGUCAAGAUGAAGAUCUAGGAGGAAUUCCUUUCACCGAUAAAGAAAUCCCUGACCAGCAACCUGAAAGUCUUGUCAAUCAACCAUCUGAAGAACACAAUGAAGGCAGACAGAUGCUAGCAAAUAGAAGGAAAAGAAGGAGACAAGCCGCAAAUUGGAUGGACAUGGAAAAAACAGUCAUACCCUGUGAGCUAUACCAGACAUGGCUUCAAAAUGCUUCUGACAUCACCUCAAGGAAUGACAAAAAGAGGAAGGAGGUGAACAAAAGUAUUAUGUCGAGGAUGAAGGUGGCUAGUCUGAUGGAGCUGCCGCCUAUGGUACUUGUUGAUGAUUUAUCAAUCAAUGCAAACAAAGAUAUCUACUAUCCAGCUCCUCUACUCUCGCUGUGGACAAAAAGCACUCAGCCUCCGCAUGACUCUCCAUCUGCAAGGGCAACCUCACAUCAGCCUCCUGAAGCUUCAAAUUCAUCCCCACAAGAUGCAGCAGCUCAAUUUGAAGAUACAUAUAACUUUGAUGAUUAUCAGAGUGGAGAUGGGUCUCAGUCAAUUGGUAUCCCCUUCGAGAAGCAAGUAGCCCCCGUCGUUGGCAGCAGGAAUGUCUUGAUAGGGAACUUGGAAGCCGACCUUUUUGGUGAUGAGUUUGGAACCAACCUUGAUAAUAACAACAACAGAAUGGGAAGGAACAAAGAACCAUCUGUUGUCACCACAACUCCUGGAAAUCCUGGGAAGGAAGCAAGAUCUGUACCAAGUUCAGGUUCUGGACAUAGUGUUCUGCGACGUCGAUCUGAGAUCAACUCUGGGCACCAACAUAGUGGAAGCAGCCUUCAUUCCAUUCCCGAGGACACAUCAUGGCUUCCAGAUCCAGAUAUCCUGACGGUGCACCAGAAGGACCCAGCCCUUGAUCAAGAAGUGCUAUUGGAAACUGGACCUACACAGACUCAACAACCCUUCGCCACCUCCCAGCCAGUUGACGCCUUGACUGAAGCCAUCCGAAUGCACCUGAAGACUCAUUUUGAAGGUCCAGAAGCUCCAGAGUACGAAUCACUCAACAAUCUUGCCACUGGAAUGAACCGUAAACCAGCAGCUCUCUUGUUCUAUCAAACCUGUGUUCUUGCGACACGCGGCUGCAUAGCAGUAGAUCAGAAGGCGCCUUAUGGCGAUAUUCUCAUCUCUAAUCGAUCAAAGAUAUGAUAAGAUCAUCAGCACAUUAAAGGUCCAACAUCAGCAGCUGCUUCCCAUUAUUAGUUGGGCUGUUCAUCUUUUUCAGGACACCAAUAAUCAACAUCAAUAUAUCGUGGUUUUGUUUCUUUUGUUAUUUUGCAGAUUAUCAUUAUUUGUUGGGAGAACGUGGGCAGGUAAAAAGGAAGGAAGGAAGGACACACACUUACUCAUCAACUAUAGAUUUUGAUGGAUCACCAGCAGUCCCUUUGGUACGUUAUUAGAUAGAUCGAGGAAGUUAAUUGCUCAAUUAACUGGCUAUAGCUACUACCUAGCUACCCUUGUUUUGGGAUAUAAUCAUUACAACUACGUGGAUUGUUGAUUGAUAUAUGUAUUAUACAGAUUAUCUAUUUUUUCCAAAACAAAUUCGUUUACUGUUGUUGGUUUGGACCAACAAACUACUCUUGUCAUUACUCUUUUAUCCUCUUUCUUCUAUUAUAAUUACAUGGUUCACAUGGAUGAUUCAUCAAAUCACGAUAAUAUGAAAGUCACCAUAGGGCAUAGCCAAUACAAAUAUAAACCAAAAGUAUUAAUUAUUUCUUAUUUUUUUACUAUUAAUUGGAUUUUCUUAAUAGAGUUUAUUCCGACUUUUAUGAUUUUUUACCUUUUCGAGAUUGUUAUAUCUUGACAUAAAAUUUAAAAGAUAUGUAUUUGAUUCUUGAUUAGAUUCAAAUUGACUAUUGAAUUCACCGUUAAACAUUGAUAUUUUACCUUUGUUAAUGCGAGACUCCAGAUAUAUUAAUAAUGAAUAGACCUUUGACAUUUUUUUCUUCCUUUUCUCAUAAUAAUUGAUUGCCGGUGAGAUUCAAAUUGACCGUCAAAUCACUGACCAAAGAUUACCAUUUUUCUUUGAUAUAGUUAGACUAAUGACCGAUUGUUCACGAUUUUUCUUUGUUAUCUAUUUAUGACCUUUCAAAAGAGUUCUCGAUUUUAUUAAAUGUUUACCUUAUAUUAACAAAAAGAAAACGUUCCUGAUCGGAAGUCAUAAUCCUUAAACCCUAUUCCAUCAAAAUUAUUCUUAGAAAAAGAUUUCUAAAUAUUGCUAGAUUAUGUAUAGACUAUGUAUCUUUUUCUCAUACCACCUAAAUAACACUCUUUUAGCAACAUCAUCCAUAUUUUGAUUGACCUCAAUAAACAAAGGCAUUAUGA